CCCGAGGGCGGUGCCCAAGGGCGAGGUUCGAAACUGUUGGUAGUGGGACUGACUCCAGUCUCUGCUCCGGGAGGCCCUCCCGAGCCACCCGCCCUCCCAGGGCCAUGCAGAAGGCCUCCCGUAAAAACAAAAAAGAAGGAGGAGUCAGCAUCAAGGUCAAAACAUCCGUACAUGACUUGAGCAAAACGCAGCAGACCAAACUCACUGUGGGCCGCCUAGGAUUAGGCCUCAUCAUCAUCCAGCAUGGACCCUACCUCCAGAUCACCCACCUCAUCCGGAAGGGGGCUGCAGCCAAUGAUGGGAAACUCCAGCCAGGUGAUGUUCUGAUUAGUGUUGGCCAUGCCAAUGUGUUAGGAUAUACUCUUCGAGAAUUUUUACAGCUUUUGCAACAUAUCACCAUUGGAACAGUGCUACAAAUCAAGGUUUACCGAGAUUUUAUUGACAUUCCUGAAGAAUGGCAAGAAAUAUAUGAUUUAAUCCCUGAGGCCAAAUUCCUAGUAACAAGCACACCAAAGAAAACUGAGCUGUCAAAAGAUGAAUCUUUCACAAGCAGUGAUGAUAAUGAAGAUGGAGUUUUAGAUAAAAGACUUCAAUAUUAUAGAUAUCCAUGGUCAACUCCACUUUACCCUGCAAGGAGACCAAUAUCCAUCUCCAGAGACUGGCAUAGAUAUAAUAAUAAGAACCAUAUUAUUAGUGUGGGAAAAGACAUUAAUUGUGAUGUGAUGAUUCACAGAGACUACCAGAAAGAAGUGAGGGCCCCUUCUCCAUACUGGAUAAUGGUGAAGCAAGACAAUGAAAGCUCUUCCUCCUCUACUUCCUCUACCUCAGAUGCAUUUUGGCUGGAAGACUGUGCCCAAGUUGAAAAGGGUAAAGCCCAACUGGAAUGAGACGUUGGUUAGCAAAUCUGUGUUCAUAUGAGCAUGUGUCUUGCAGACACCCAAGUUUUGAGCCUCACCAUGCAAAAGUUUGCUAUACUUAUCAAGGACUGUCUGCAGACUCACCAAUUCUCUUCUCUUCUGACUGCGUUUAUAAAGCCAUUAGAGAUAUUCUUCAACAGGGUUAUCUAAAGACUUCCCUGGGGUCUUGCAGGCCUCACAAAUCUCUUCAGAAUAAGACCCUCCUUUCUGAGAAUAAUUUAUUUUUAGAAAAUGCAGUAUAGAAAUCCAGUAUCAGAAUGUCUGAACACAGUAGAGAAUGUCACUUUAUGUAAACACCACGUUUUUCUUUAAAUAUUUAGUUUCUGUUUUUGUAAACUUCAAGUACUGUAAUGAAAAUAAUUAAGAGAUAUAUUCUUUGGCUAGUUAUUCACAUUAGCAUUUUUUCCCCAAUUUUUAGCCCUUCUUUUACUUUAAAUGUUGAGUUGAGAGUUAAUUACUUGAAAGAGACCGGAUAGUAACAGAUAAGAGACAGGAGAUGAGAGAAAAACAAAACUGUCAGUAAAGAUAAAUCAGACAUAAAAAAUGAAGUAAUGGGAAUAUAGGAUUUGAUAGGAAAUUUGAUUUUCAGAAAUAAUUUUAUUGCAAAAAAGGCAAAACAGGGCUAAAAACCACACGACUUAGCUGUUGAUACCCAAAAUGACAAAUUUUGAACAUGCUUUUAUCUUAAAAGCCACCAAAAGUAAUCUGGAACUGUUUACCCUGGUAGCCACCACUUAGCCUUAAUUUUAAUAGUUUCUGACGCUUCUAUACUCAUUAUAUUCCUGUCUCCUUUAAAGCAUCUAAAACAAAGAUAUCAGCACAUAAUAAAUACUCGUUGAUUAAUUCAUUGAGAAAAACAUAAGAUAAACACUUAAGUAGAAUGUUUUAUUGACUUUAGGUCAGCUGGCGAUAAUUACCUGCAUUUAUGCCUUAUUUUACUUCACUGGAAAAAAGACAAAUGUUAUAUUAGAGACUUCUGACUUUCAUGUAUUUGCUGCUCUGGGCUGAGAACGUUCAGCUCUCUCCUGUAAUGUGUGCUUCAGUAUUACAACUCAUCAACAAAAGGUGUAUGUCCCAAAUUUCCACUUGCUGCCAUCGACUUUUUGCCAGAAACAAACUUCUUUGCCGCCUUUAAACAAACAAAAGACAAAGUUAACAAAAAUAUGUAUCAUCAAGCAGGUAAACUUAUUUGCCAUUUCAAGAAUUUAUGAAUAGGACUUUUUUUUUUUUUGAGACGGAGUCUUGGCUGAGUGACGUGGCUCAUGCCUAUAAUCCCAGCAUUUUGGGAGGCUGAGGUGGGUGGAUCACGAGGUCAAGAGAUUGAGACCACCCUGGCCAACAUGGUGAAACCCCGUCUACUAAAAAUACAAAAAAAAAAAAAAAAAAAAAAAUUAGCUGGGCAUGGUGUUGUGUGUGUGCCUGUAGCCCCAGCUACUCUGGAGGCCGAGGCAGGAGAAUUGCUUGAACCUGGGAGGGGGAGGUUGCAGUAAGCUGAGAUCACGCCACUGCACUCCAGUUUGGUGACAGAGACUUAAAAAAAAAAAGAAAGAAAACGGGAAAAGCCCACUUUGGACUGAUUCUGUGGAUCAUGUGCUUGUUAGGCACAGCAGGGAACAAAGAAGGAGAAGUACAAGACAUAGUCCUUGACCUGAAACAGCUCAGUCUUGUAGGGAACAGUAUUAUAUGUGGAAAAAAAAAUUAGUAAGAACAGGAGAAUGUCUAGGCUGAGAAGAGUAAAGAAAAUCUUAAGGUGCUAGAUGGUAAAAUACUGGUAGGACUGAAGAGGAAAAAUAGCAAACUUCACUAUUUAGGUUGGAUCAUAUGAAAUUGCCAAUAUUUGACUCUUCUUGAGUUGAAUAUGGUUUAACCUAAUGGUAGUUUAUUUGAAGGAGGAAGAUACAUACACCCAAGCUGACAAGGAAGCUCGCUGUGGAUCAUAUGGGCAUGUGCCCUCCCGCCUCCACAUGAAGUAGACAGGCACCAAACAUGAGAAUAUCAUACUCAGCCCAUGGACGCUCAGGCAUCCUCCUGAAAUUGAAUCAUUAAGGUUAAGUUAUCUGUUGUUAAAUGGUAAGUUUUCAUUUGCUUACAUUUAUGAUAUCAGCGUUAGCCACUGAAUCAAUCUGCUGAAGGACUGUGGAUGGUGGCACGUAAGAACCAGCAAUUAGGGCCUGGGACCCGACUUCUUCCAGGAGACCCUCAGAAGACUCCACUGACAUUAGGUAUCCAGCUUUCAGCUUGUUCCUGUCCAAUAAAAGGCAGAAGUCAGUUUUACAGCAAGGCAAUUCUUUUUUUCUCUGGGUGGUGGGGGGCUGUGAAUAUCAAAGCUUUAUUUAAUAGAUGCAGUAAUGACAUGCCUUCCUCUUCCUGAAUUCCCCAAGAACACCACUCCCUGCUCUGGAACAUCACAUUAAAACAGAAAGUCUGAAGGGAAGAAGUCUCUUCAGGGUUGCCGAAGUGCCCAAUUGAUGGCCCACUUUGGCCUCUAUUUGAGGGUCCAUUUGCUCCUACAGAUUUGGGUGAGACAGCUGGAAAGCUCCCUAAUGUUUCCCAAGGCCUCUGGAUCUGGUGGUGCAAUCUGGAUCCUCUGCACGUCACUGGCAAGUCACAGCAUGCUCUUUCUCCUGCUCACUGGCACAGUAAGGAUCUCUCUGCUGUCGCUGGGAGGGCUGCCAUCCACUGAGAUGGCAGUAAAAAAUACAUUUAAUACACCUAACGUAUCAAACACCAUAGCUUGGCCCAACCUAUCUCAUGUGUGCUGAGAGUAUUUACAAUAGCCUGUGGUUGGGCAAAAAUCAUCUAACAUAAGCCCAUUUUAUAAGAAAGUGUUGAUUACUUUAUGACUACAUAUCACUAGCCUAGGAAAAGAUCAAAAUUCAAGGUAUAGUCAUACACUACAUAAUGACAUUUUUGGUCAAUGAUGGACCACAUAUAUGAUGGUGGUCCAUUAAGAUUAUUAGGGAGCUGAAAAAUUCUUAUUAAUAACAACAUAAUGUUAUAGUGCAAUUUUAAAAAUACAAAUUGAGUGUGGCCUAAGUUUACAGUGUUUAGCAUCUAUAGUACUGUACAGUAAUGUUCUAGGCCUUCCCAUUUCUCACCACUCAUGCAGUGACUCACUUGAAAGCAGGAGCUUCCGGUCCUGCUAGCUCCAUUCAUGGGAAAUAUACUAUACUGGUAUACCAUUUUUAACUUUUGUGCUGUAUGUUUACUGUGCCUUUCCUAUGUUUAGAUGCACAAAUACUUAACCAUUGUGUUACAACUGCCAACAGUAUUCAGUAUUAUAGUACAUGCUAUACAGGUCUGUAGCCUAGGAGCAACAGACUAUACCAUAUGGCCUAUGUGUGUAGUAGGCCAUAUCAUCUAGAUUUGUGUAAGUACACUAUCAAAUUUACACAGUGAUGAAACCACCUAACACCACAUUUCUCGGAACGUAUCCCCAUCACUAUGUGACACAUGACUGGAAGCUGAAAUUGUGAUGGUUUUGCACCGUAAUAAAGUUGAAAAAUUGUAGCUGAUCCGUGGCAAGUUGGGGACAGUAUGUAUUGUAAACCUACCUUCUGGCUGUUAGAGUGUGUAGAAAAGGGGUCUUGAAGACCCUGUCAAAGCAGGGUGUCAGGCCUGGAGUUGGUGUCACCACAGACAACUCUAACUGGCCCAUGGCUAGGGCCACAGUGUUAAAAAGGGCACAGUCUUGACCUUUUCCUUUGCCUUUUUCUUGUAUGAACUGGGUUCUCUUCUUGGACAGAGGAUAACUUUCGAUGCCUUUUGACAGUUUGAAGAUUCUCAUGAUUAUUUUCUUCUUAUACUAUCAUUUCACUUGUAUUACCUUUUGAGUUUUGGCAGGUUUCGGCAGUGUCUGAAUAGUUUCUUCUGUUUAUUUUUGAUAUCCACUUCAGCUGCUACUGCCUCUUUCAGGCCGUUUGUUUCCACCAAGGGUGAAGUAGAGUCAAGCCAGUUCCUCUUAGAAACAGGGCAAUUUUAAGGUAUGUGCCCCGAAACUCUUCAAUGUGUUUUUGGUAGAGAGGCAAACUAACAACUUAACAGUGCUAACAGUCUCCAUUCUAUUUCUUCAGUUCGCCAAGCACUGUACUGUCUAUAUUACGGUUUGGAAAAGGUGUCAGUACAAAACUAUACUGAAAACUCCACAGACUGCGUUUUGAUUUUGGACUAGAACUUAGAUCUAGGUAAAACUAUUUUAAUGUGAGGUUUUGAUUAGUGAAGGAACUCCUGCCUCUUGCUGAGAUUUGUCUCAGUGAGCACAGACCAUGAUGGAAAAGGCAGGUGGGGAGGGAUAAUACAGGUCUUGUAAGCAACAGCAGCUUAAAUAUGGGCACAAAAGCUCCACUUGAAAUAAAUAAAAAUCCAAUUCAUAAUCCUCCCAGAAACUGAUUCCUUAUAGACAUGGUGUUUGAAAAGAUAGUCGAGUUAUUUAAGCCUCAAAAAAACGAUCAUCCUUUAAUGGAAGUAAGACUUCCGUUUAAGUAUGAUUAUAAUUUAAUGCUGCAAUUUUACCAUGUUGUCAGCUUAGCUGAAACAUUAUUUUACCUGCCAUCAACUACCAAGAGGUUAUGAGUGUGUUUCUUCAGCAAUGACACCUCACUUUCUCUCUUUCACUAUAGGAAGACUAAGAACCUACAAGAACAAGUAUCAACUCCAUCAAAAUGGCAGAAAACAUCUUGACAUUAAUAAUCAAAAUUCUACUUUCUACAUAUUACCAUACCUUAUAAAAACUGUGUUACACUUAUUAAGAAAAUAUAUUUUCUCAAAUAAAUUAGAAAAAUUGAGGUUUUUCUUAAGUAAAUCCAGUGUUUCAAUGUAGUCUCAUAAUGUUUUGUUUCUGGUACAAUCAAGCAGCCCUGCAUCCUACCGAUUCUUGGUUCCACGUAUACAAUAUUUAAGAAAUUGUGUUGUGCUUAUACAAGAGAUGCAAUUUUGUAGUGUGCUCAGCAUAACAAAACUAACAAUACUAACGGGAACAGAAAUGACUAAAAGCUUGUUCCACCCUUGGUUGUAAUUCACCCUGUCAUGCUUCCUCUGUGGGCAAUACUAAAUGAUCAUAACCACCACUGGAGUUGCAAGAUUCACAUUUUGAAUUGUCGUAAGUAAAUGGAGUCAAACUUAAAUGUCUUAAACUACUGUAUAAAAAUGUAGAUUGAUCUCUAACUUUGUCCCAAGUCUGUCUCUUUUAGAGAAAACCCCUGAACUACUAAUAAAUUAGGGGUGUUGUUAGCAAUCUAGACAGUGGGGAUUUAUAAACUGCCAAAUAGCAGACAUGUAUUUUAGUUGUCUUUCUUAUCAAACAAAACAAAAUCAGAUCUUUUUGGGGUAUAAAUCAGUAAUGAAGAAAGAAACUAUUGUAGAAUAGGUACUCUUAUAUACUGGUGGUGUGUUUAUAAACUGGUACAAUCUCUUUAGAUUUGUGACUUAGAAAUAUAUACUUUUUUUAUUUUAAAGAGACA